AUGAAGACCAGAAUUUCAACCGCCAACCUGCUCCAGUUGCUGGUUCUUUUCCUUCCAACUCGGACUGUUCAGUGCCCUAGCGUAACACGUGCGCCCGCCCCUGAAAACAUGGCUACUCAACGAAUUGACGUUCACCACCAUUUUGUCCCGGAGUUUUAUGCACAAGCCUUACGAGCUAACGGUGGUGACCCCUCGGGAUGGUCCAUCCCGGACUGGAGCCUGGAGAAGGACCUGUCCUUCAAUGACGAGCAACGCAUAUCCUUUGCCUUUCUUACCAUCACUGCUCCCGGUGCUGAAAUUCUCCCCCUCGUCGAGCAGGCUGGCUUUUGUCGACAAGCUAACCAAGCGGCCGCCGAGAUCUGUGCGGCCCAGCCAGCCCGCUACGGCUUUUUCGCUACUAUUCCGUCCCUGCUUGACCCCGAGGCUGCCCAUACAGAGAUCAUCCACGCGCUGGAUGAGUUGCAGGCCGACGGCAUCAUCUUGUAUACUCGCUACGGAUCGGACAACCAUUAUCUAGGCCACCCGGACUUCCGCUCCACCUGGGACCUGCUCAACAAACGCCGCGCCACCGUCUUCGUGCACCCCACGCACCCCGUGGACAUCCACUGGGUCAACCCCUCGCUUCCGCAGCCCAUGAUUGACUAUCCUCACGAAACUACCCGUACCGCCGUCGACCUGAUUAUCUCGGGCAUUAUGCGUGACUACACCGACGUGAAGAUCAUCCUCUCUCACGCCGGCGGCACCUUGCCCUACCUGGCGCUGCGUCCAGCCGCGGUACUGCCGUACCUUCCCCCUUCGAUUGCGCCCCCCGUUGCAGCAGCAGCACAGGAGGGCCACCCGACUGACGUUACCAACCAGUUCAUGGAGGACGCCAAGCGGUUCUACUUUGAUACAGCAUUGUCGGCGGGCUCCCAUACUCUGUCGCUAUUGAAAGAGUUUGCGAAGCCGGACCACGUGCUGUAUGGUAGCGAUUUCCCUUAUGCGCCGUCACCCGCUAUUGCAGAUAUGAACGCAAGACUGGAUAGCUACGGCGCAAAAGACGAGGCGUUUGUCCAGUCCGUUGCGUCGGAGGCUGCGUUGAAGUUGUUCCCUCGUUUGAGUAACAUCUUAGCGAAGAAUCGCCACGCUUAG